AUGGAGGUUUUGCAGCUCUUCAUCACCGCAUCAAUUCCGGUGUUGAAAGUGCUCUUGAUCACUGCCCUUGGCUCAUAUCUUGCGCUUGAUAGCGUCAACAUUCUCGGGGAAGACACUAGGAAGCACUUAAACACUGUUGUAUUUUACGUACUGAAUCCUGCCCUGGUGAGCAGCAACCUUGCGCGGACAAUAACAUAUGAAAGCAUGGUUAAGCUGUGGUUCAUGCCGGUGAAUAUCCUCAUCACAUUUAUUGUUGGUUCGAUACUAGGAUGGGUACUGCUCCUGCUAACAAGACCUCCUGCACAUCUGCGAGGCCUCGUCUUGGGUUGCUGUGCUGCAGGAAAUUUGGGGAACUUGCUCCUCAUUAUAGUCCCAGCUGUUUGUAAAGAAAAAGGGAGCCCAUUUGGAGCUCCUGAUGUCUGUCGUACUUAUGGAUUGGCUUAUGCUUCACUUUCAAUGGCGGAGCCCUUUAUUUGUGGUCCUAUGUGUAUAAUAUUGUGCGGAUAUCUGCAAAGAGAGGCACCCAAGAUUCAAACCCAGUCUCUGGUGAGAUCCUUCACACCGAACGAAAUAAGUUGCACUGAGCCUCUGCUUUCUUCAAAGGAAUCUGAGGUAGUGGAGGACAAUGCCAAUCAUUAUGCACUGCCCUGCACUAUAUCUGAGGAAAACGCUAAGAUGACAACUUCUGGUAAAAUAAAACAACGUAUAAUGAUGGUGUUUGGAAAGCUCAAUCUGAAAACAAUAUUUGCCCCUUCUACUACUGGAGCAAUUGUUGGUUUUUCAAUUGGACUCAUCCCUCAGAUUCGAAAAGCACUGAUCGGAGAUGGUGCUCCUCUACGGGUGGUUCAAGACACUGCUUCUUUGUUGGGAGAUGGAGCUAUCCCAACUCUCACUUUGAUAAUAGGAGGAAACCUACUUAAAGGUUUGAGAGGGCCAGGGAUGCAGAAAUCUCUGGUUGUUGGCAUCAUCAUUGUUCGUUAUGUUGCCCUGCCUCUUAUAGGAAUAUUGGUUGUUAAAGGUGCACUCAAAUUAGGGUUGGUGCACUCUGAUCCAUUGUAUCUGUUUGUUCUUUUGCUUCAGUUUUCACUCCCACCAGCGAUGAACAUAGGAACAAUGACUCAAUUGUUCGGAGCAGGAGAAAAGGAAUGUUCAGUUAUCAUGCUGUGGACUUAUGCUUUCGCUUCAGUAUCGCUUACUUUUUGGUCCGCCUUUUUCAUGUGGCUUGUGGCCCGAGUGUGA